GUGGGCCUUUCUGGAGCUGCACACCAAUGGCCACUACAAUGACAGCCUGCAGGCCUACGCGGCGGGCGUGGUGGAGGCCGCCGUGACCGAGGAGCUCAUCUAUAUGCACUGGAUGAACACGGUGGUGAACUACUGCGGCCCCUUCGAGUACGAGGUUGGUUACUGCGAGAGGCUCAAGGGCUUCCUGGAAGCCAACCUGGAGUGGAUGCAGAGGCAGGUGGAGCUGAACAAGGACUCCGCCUACUGGCACCAGGUGCGGCUGACCCUCCUGCAGCUGAAGGGCCUAGAGGACAGCUAUGAAGGCAGCGUGGCCUUCCCAACUGGCAAGUUCACCAUCAAACCCUUGGGCUUCCUCCUGUUGCAGAUCUCUGGGGACCUGGAGGACCUAGAGCUGGCCCUGAAUAAGACCAAGACCAAGCACACUUUGGGCUCUGGCUCCUGCUCCGCCCUCAUCAAGCUGCUGCCCGGCCACAGUGACCUCCUGGUCGCCCACAACACCUGGAACUCCUACCAGAACAUGCUGCGCAUCAUCAAGAAGUACUGGUUCCAGUUCCAAGAAGGCCCCCAAGAGGAUUCUCCCCUGGCUCCUGGCAACAAGCUGGUCUUCUCGUCCUACCCCGGCACCAUCUUCUCCUGUGAUGACUUCUACGUCCUGAGCAGCGGGCUGGUGAGUCUCCCUCCCCGACCCCAUCCUCCCCGGGGUGCUCCUCUCACAGCAGCGGUGGGCGGGCAGGCACUUGGACUACUGGUCGGGGCUUCCUUUAAAAAUAUCAGGUGUGCAGCGUAGUGAUGAGACAUUUAUAUAGCUUACGA